CCCCUGCGGCGCUGAGCCCCUCCCCCAGGUGGGGGAGCUGGGCCCCAUGGUGGGUGGGGUUCGAAGGCAUGCAAACCUCCCAGUAGUCGUGCCUGCCAGCAAUGCCCUGAGGCCCGUGGGGGGCUGGUGAGGAGCAGGGUGACCUGAUAAUCCAUGGAUGUCUAGGAAGGACAGCAGAGAAUUUCUCGCUUUAAGCCAGGAACGGUCUAUGGUGCUUCCUUGCUGGAUCUCUCCCUUGCUUGGAUGUCUUGGGGAAGCUGAUGCCUGCUAGACAGCCCGUGUAGCCAGUGGGAGUUAAAUGGUGUAAGCGCUGCUGCUGUGGGGCAGAAGACAGGCUCAUAUCGCAAUGGCUCUGACCAUCGAGACAGAGUCACGGAUCUACCGCUCCUUGCGAGCCGUCUCCGGCAUCACUGCCCACCUUGUCUCACUUGGUUUCACCAUCUUUGUGGCCGUACUGGCCAGACCUGGGUCAAGCUUGUUCUCCUGGCAUCCUUUCUUAAUGUCGCUUGCGUUCUCCUUCUUGAUGACCGAAGCCCUGCUGGUUUUCUCGCCGGAGAGCUCACUGCUCCGCUCCUUCUCUCGCAAAGCCAAGGUCCGCUUCCACUGGGCCCUGCAGCUGCUGGCCCUCCUCUGUGCCCUGCUGGGCCUGGCUAUCAUCAGCUACAACAAGUACCUUAACAGCAAGGCCCACUUUGUCACCUGGCAUGGUCUGACAGGCCUGCUGACCGUGCUCUAUGCCAGCAUGCAGUGCAUAGGCGGCGUUGCUCUCCUCUACCCCAAGCUGAUGAAGAACUGGACGCUGGCCAAGCUGAAGGUCUACCAUGCCACAUCGGGGCUGGUGGGUUACCUCUUGGGCUGUGCCAGUUUGAUGCUGGCCAUGUGCUCCUUGUGGUUUACCACCACAGUGACAGGUCUUUCCUGGUACCUGUCACUGCUGUGUCCCAUUCUCACCAGCCUAGUUAUCAUGAACCAGGUGAGCAAUGCUUAUCUCUACCGCAAAAGGAUCCAGCCCUGAGGUACCACGCUGAAACCAAGUUUCCCUGGGAAUGUUCGAGGUGCCACGCACAGUCCCUGGGGCAUUGGACCAGGGAAGUCACCUGUGUAGGGUCUCUCUGGAGCUAGCUUUCUAACUAACUCUCUAUUUUUAAUACUGGAAAUGUCUAUAGCAUUGUGCCCAGUCCAUGAAAUUGCUCUUCCCAGAAUGCCUAGCAGUCCUGGGCACGGUGGUAUAGUUGCCAUCAGACAGUGUGUGUGACGGACAGCAGCAAUUUAGCCCAUAUGUGCUUUGGUGCUGAACGGUUUCCCAGCCACAUGCAGGUCUAGUAGCUAGAACAGCUGGGCGCUUAUCAGCGGAGCCCCAUAUGAACUACUCCACGCUCAGACUUUGUACAACCAGUGGCGAAAGGAUUAAAGCUGGAAUUCAGACCUGCUUCCCCUGGUUGGGCUGAACACUAGUGCAGGAUGUUCUCAUUGAUAAAGCACCAGGACUGUAUUGCAGUGUGGGGAACUUGUUAUAUCCCUUUUGUGAUUAGGCAUGUCUGGAAUUUUCCCUUCCCCAUCCUUUUAUAGGAGUAAAGCUCAGUAUUUCCUAGCAACAAGCAAACCUGCAGGGAGGACUGCCCCGGGCCCACAGCCCUAAUCCAGAAGGAGGUGCUGCAGUGCAGAGAAGAGGGGAUCAUGGUAGUAGAGAUGGGACAGGCACCAUCUACCCUUGAGUAAUGUUGACCCCUCUGCCAUGGGCUGGGGAGUCUGCCUUGGAGAAGGUGCAGGCUAGGGAACAGGAGGUGGGAGGGAAGGGCCAUGGCUACCUUCUCCCAUGGGCAGAGGAGCUUUUCAGGCACCCUGUGAAGAUUCUCUAAAUUAAAGGUAAGUGAUGGUUGUUUCAGCCCACCUGGGUGAAGGGUUUGAGGCUGAGGGAAUGAAGGCGGGGUGAUGACUAAGGAGAAGCCCUGGAGCAGAGGGGCUUGGGCUGUCCAUGAGCAAAACUAGAGACAGGUGAAGCUAAGGAGACCAUCUUGCCUGAGCUAGGGCUGUGCUGAGUGGGUGAGGCUCACCCUGGGCAACCUUAGCUUGGAUCUCCUGGUAGAGCAUGGGCUGGAAAUCCAAGCUCCAGGAGUGGCAGAGCCAUUCAGCACCUCCCUGUGCACUUCGACUGGGGCUGCUUGUUAAAGCCACUCUGAGUGGAGCCAGCCAAGGGCCUUAAUCUGCAUACUCUCUGUAGAGCAGGGCUCCAGCCUUGUAGCAGCUGGGAUCAGCUGCUGAGAGGGAUCUCCCCAGUGUGCCAUUUGAGCAGCUCAGAUCUGCGGGGCUGGAAUUAUUGCCCAGAUGGUUUGGAGGGGAUGGGAAGUUGGGACCUUCUCCAUGGAAGAUCAGAGAGCUGAGGGCAUACGCUCUUGCGUCCAGGAGCACCUGCCAUCCAGGGAUCUCUCAGCACUUUUGCAGCUGCUAAUGAGUCCUUCCCACACCCCUCAUGGAGUAGCCAGUAUUGUUCACCCCAUUGUACAGCAGGGGAAACUGAGGAACAGAGAGGGAAGUGACUUGUCCAAGGUCUCACAAGGAGCCAGUGGGCAGAUCUGGGAAUCAAACCCAGCUCCUGAGGUUUCUGCACCAUCCUCUCCCCACUGUUCCUCUGACAGCCUUCUGGGCAAAGCUCAGGCCCACUGUCCCCUUCCAUGUGGUAUGUGGGUGUGAGAGCAGCAGGCUUGCUGUGUGUUGUGUGUUGCUGGGACACAGUCCUGGUGUAUGUACUGUAGUGUCUUUAGCUGUAUCAUGUGGGAAAGUGCCCACAGCCUCCUGGGCACUGAGAGACUGGGAGUGGGGACGUAUUGCACACAUGGUGCUAUGGCCCACAGGCAGAGCCUGUCUUCUGGGGAAGGGGAGAAAUGAGUUGGACUGAACCUUCUGCGCCUGGUGGGAAGGAAAGAACUUGGGCUCCAAGAAGGAGGAGCUUGGAAGCAAGUCCUGGUUUUACACCUCUUGGGUAAAAGAACAAAUCUUGGGUUAGGCCCUCCAGGCUCCCUAGGUCCAGCCCUUCUCUGGGAGAAGUCUGGGGCACAUAGGCUAGACUAGGGCUUGAUUCUAUCACAGCACCCAGGGGCCCUUCCUUGUGCCUGGAGUAGCCCUGGUGAGGAUUCCUAAUGGUGCUCUGCUGCAUUAGCUGCUGUGCAGUAUUCCCCUUGGCCGUUGUGUGAGCAUGGAAUGAUCCUGGUGGCCCAUUCACCUUAAUGUGGCACUGACACCUCCCUUCCCCUCCUCUCUGUUAGAGAGCUAGGAGCAGCCUUGGUUCAGGAGGCAGCCCCGGGGACUCUCUCUGCUGUGUGUGCAGCUCUCCUCCCUGGUUAAAUGAACCCCCCUGCUAGCAGGGAGGUCCCACUGCUCCUGCUCCGCAGGCCUCGGGGCUGUAAAAGGUGCAGAAAGGGUUUGACUCCUGCUGGAGCCCAAGGAAGCUGCAGCCAGCCGCAGCUGCCAUUUCAAUCCUCUUACUGAGGUGCAGCAUGUUCCCUUGGGGGCAGGGGAA